ACAAAGGAAAAACAAGCUAAGGAGAACCUAAGAGAAAGGCAGCAGCAUAUAUACACAGUUUUCCAGUUUCCAUUUUCUUGUAAGUCCAUAUUUCGCUCUUCACUCCAAACACAUGGAGCUCUCUAGAAGCCUCACCCAACCCAUUUCCCUGCUCCCUACCAUCAGCUUCUUCACCCCACAUCCCUCUUUCCGUCCCCAUCUCCGCCCACUCCCGCCGUCUCGCACCACCGCCUACUGCCUCCAUUCACGGGUUUUGUGUUUUAAUAAUAACCCGUUGCUUAAAGCAAAAGCAUCGGAAGAAACCUCGGACGGGGAGGCCGCAGUUGAAGAAGUUGCAGCGGUUGAAAUGAAUGUGUACGAUGAAAAGCUGACAGUGGAAAAACUUAAAGAAGAGCCUUUGGCGUUUCAGUUUUCAGAGAAACUGAAUAUAAAGGUUGAUUUCAGUUAUUUUCUGUUCCCUUAAUUUUAUUCCUAUAGGUUUUAUUGAUGUGUUUUUGCUGCACUUAUUCGACUAAAAUAAUAAUGGCUACUAUGACAAGUAUCAGACUUGGUGAAAGUGGUCGAUCAUAAAUUCUUGAGGAACCAUAUUGACAAAUAUAAUCUGAGCGGUUGCCU